GCUUUGGUUCCGCUUAAUUUUACGGAAAUGCCACUGAGAAGCUCUCUUCCUCUGUCCUCUAGCUCUCGCUACUGUUCGUCUCCUUCGCUUCACGCAUUGUUAUUCUAUUCGUUAGCUGCGAAACCCUCGCGUCAUCAAAUUGUUCGGCCAUUCUCUUCUCUCCGUACAAGCGAGCGUAGCAACAACAGGAGCAAUAACAAUCGUCGAGUGGAUCAGCGGAAUCAUAAACCUACUCCUCCUUGGAUUGAUAAGUGGCCUCCUUCAUCCGCCGGAGCUGGCGGUGAUCAUGCUGGGAAGAAAGGUGGUGAAAACAACGGCGGAGAUAAAAUUCGGUCGGCGGAGGAGGAAGCGGAAGCGAAACUUCGGUAUUUGGAGCGGGAUAAAGGACAAAACGCGAUAGAGAGGAUUGUUCUUCGGCUACGGAAUUUAGGAUUAGGUUCGGAUGAUGAGGACAAUGUGGAAGAUGACGAGGGAGGUGGAAUUAAUGGCGGAGAUGUGAAGCCGGUGACUGGAGAAGAGAGAUUGGGGGAUUUGUUGAAGAGAGAGUGGGUGAGACCUGAUAUGAUGCUUGCUGAGGGAGAAGAGAGUGAGGAAGAGGAUGAGGUGUUAUUGCCAUGGGAGAAGAAUGAGGAAGAACAGGCGGCGGAGAGAGUAGAAGGAGAAGGAGGAGUGGCGGUGAUGAAGAAAAGGAGAGCUAGAGCUCCAUCACUGGCGGAGCUUACCGUUGAGGAUUCUGAGUUACGGCGGUUGAGGAGGGAUGGAAUGUAUCUGAGGUUAAGGAUCAAUAUACCGAAAGCUGGGCUAACGCAGGCAGUGAUGGAGAAGAUUUAUGAUACUUGGAGGAAAGAAGAACUUGUGAGGCUAAAGUUCCAUGAAGUGCUUGCUCGUGACAUGAAGACGGCCCAUGAGAUUGUUGAGCGACGAACUGGAGGAAUGGUGAUAUGGAGGGCCGGAAGUGUAAUGGUGGUUUAUCGUGGACUUGACUAUAAAGGACCUCCUGUGAUCUCUAAUCAAAUGGCUGGACCUAAAGAGACUCUUUUUGUCCCAGAUGUAUCUUCUGCUGGCGAUGAAGCAACAAAUGCCAAAGAUAACCAAAGUCCACCUUUGGAAAUCAAAGAUCCCAUCAUCAAGAACCCUAUUCGUAAAGAGAAUAUGACAGAAGAAGAAGCUGAAUUUAACAGUCUAUUAGACAGCUUAGGUCCACGUUUUCAAGAGUGGUGGGGUACUGGGGUGCUACCUGUGGACGCUGACUUACUACCUCCUACAAUUCCUGGUUAUAAAACACCUUUCAGGCUUCUUCCUACUGGGAUGAGAUCAAAUUUGACCAAUGCCGAAAUGACAAAUCUCAGGAAGAUUGGUAAAACUCUCCCAUGCCAUUUUGCUCUUGGCAGGAACAGAAAUCACCAAGGAUUGGCAGCUGCAAUACUCCAGAUCUGGGAGAAAAGUCUAAUUGCAAAGAUCGCUGUGAAGCGAGGUAUCCAGAAUACAAAUAACAAACUAAUGGCGGAAGAAGUGAAGGCAUUGACAGGGGGUGUCUUGCUGCUCAGAAACAAGUAUUACAUUGUAAUAUAUCGUGGGAAGGACUUCCUUCCUUCAAGUGUGGCAGCUACUUUGGCUGAAAGACAAGAAUUAACAAAAGAGAUUCAAGAUGUCGAAGAGAGGGUAAGAAAUCGCGAGAUUGAGGCUGUUCAGCCUGUUGGUGACAAAGUACCAGCAGAAGCUGGCACUCUGGCCGAGUUUUAUGAGGCUCAAGCCCGAUGGGGGAAGGAAAUAACUCCGGACCAUCGUGAAAAGAUGAUUGAAGAAGCUUCAAGGGUUGCGAACUCUAGAGUUGUUAAACGAAUCCAGCACAAACUAAACCUUGCCCAAUCGAAGUUUCAAAGAGCAGAGAAACUGUUGUCCAAAAUAGAAGCCUCUAUGAUUCCAAAUGGACCUGAUUAUGAUCAAGAGGUCAUCUCCGAGGAAGAAAGAGCUAUGUUCCGGAAAGUGGGAUUAAAAAUGAAGGCAUACUUACCCUUAGGUAUCCGUGGUGUUUUUGAUGGAGUCAUUGAGAACAUGCAUCUGCAUUGGAAGCACAGAGAAUUGGUGAAGCUUAUAUCAAAACAGAAGAACCUAGCAUUUGUUGAGGACACAGCCCGGUUACUAGAAUACGAGAGUGGUGGAGUUCUUGUUGCAAUUGAAAAGGUUCCUAAAGGAUUUGCGCUUAUUUAUUACCGUGGGAAGAAUUACAGGAGACCCAUUAGCCUGAGACCAAGAAAUCUUCUGACAAAAGCAAAAGCAUUGAAACGUUCCAUUGCAAUGCAACGCCACGAGGCACUUAGUCAGCAUAUUUCUGAACUGGAGAGAACAAUAGGGCAAAUGCAAAGCGAACUCACUUCGAAAAACCCGUCAUACAGUGAAUCAGAAUGGGAAAACGAUGAGGAGGAUGAUGAUGAUGAUGAGGGGAAAGAUGAUUUGGAAGAUAAUGAGAGUGAUUGGGAUGAAACUGAUGGCGAAUCUGCAAUUUCUAAUAUCGACGAAGCUGACAUUUCAUCGCGCUAAGCUGAUAAAGUUUUGAACACAGAGAUUGUCCUAUCUCAGGAGGUUAAAGCUGACAAUGAUGCAGAGAAAUGGUUCUGAUUCUGUCCGUGCAGUGGUGGGAAAAGAAAAGCAAGUGAUGAUUCAUCAUCAAUGUGGGUAAUGUUUAAGUCUCCUGUCGCAGAGAUCACAAAAUUUACGAGCUCAGAAAGCAGAACCUGUCUGUGUAUGUCAGGGGAGAAAAAAAUAAGCAUCUAUAGUUUAAAUACAUUGUAAGUUUUGCC